CUCCACGUGACGCAUGACGUAUAAUCAGAGUCCUACUAAAAGAAAAUCCAACAGGGAAAACCUGCGGCUACUGCGCGCGACCUGACGCCCAAGUCCAGAAAGUUGUGAAGUUUACUUGAUCUCCUUAUAACAGCCCAUCAGAUCAGAAGACAGAAGGCUGCGAUGUCUGCCGAUCCGAAAGAGGCCAUGAAUAUAUAUAGUGUAACGCUCAACGGACCUGCUCCCUGGGGUUUUCGGCUUCAGGGAGGCAAGGACUUCAACAUGCCCCUGACCGUGUCAAGACUGACCCCAGGCGGUAAGGCGGCCCAGGCCGGAGUGGGUGUUGGGGAUUGGUUGGUGUCCAUCUCUGAUGCCAACGCAGAGGAGAUGACCCAUGUGGAGGCACAGAACAAGAUCAGAGCCGCAACCGACUCCCUCGCUCUCACUUUGAGCAGAGCUUUUAAUCCUGCCGGAGGAGAGCAGAACGAUUCACACGCACCUGCAUCCAGUCAGCUCAAGUACUCGUUUGCACCGAGCACGACCAUAAACAAGAUGGCGCGGCCAUUCUCUGCAGCCCCUGGCAGUGGCAGCAAGGGGCCUGUCAUCAAGCCGGUGUCGUACGCCCCCAAGCUUAACCUCAACUCGCCGCAGCCUCACAAUGGUCACGGAGUAACUCCCUGUCCUGCCGAGUCCAAGCCAGCAGACAAACCUGAUGAAGUUCAAGCGCAGGCUAAAGCACCAACCGAUUCCGGUCCAGCCUGCCGGCCGCCAUGGGUGGCGGAUCCCAGUUUUGCAGACCGUUACCACCCAGACAAGACCAGCACAGUGGUGACGCAGCACAAGAAGCCAGUCCAACCCACUCCCAUGCAGAACCGCAGCUCCAUCAUGCAGGCGGCGCAGCAGAACCCUGGCGACUCCAGCGGCUGCACCCCGCUCUGCGCCGCAUGCAACAAGAUCAUUAGGGGACGCUACGUGGUGGCGCUUGGUCGUUCCUGGCACCCAGAGGAGUUCACGUGCUGUCAGUGCAAAAGGGUGUUGGACGAGGGGGGCUUCUUUGAGGAAAAAGGAUCCAUUUACUGCACCAAGUGCUACGACAACCGUUACUCACCCAACUGUGCCAAAUGCAAGAAGAAGAUAACUGGGGAAAUCAUGCACGCCCUGAAGAUGACCUACCACGUACAAUGCUUCCUGUGUGCUGCCUGCAAAAUGCCCAUCAGGAACCAGGCCUUCUACAUGGAGGAGGGAGAGCCCUACUGCGAGAGAGACUAUGAAAAGAUGUUUGGUACCAAAUGCCAUGGCUGUGACUUCAAGAUUGAUGCAGGAGACCGUUUCCUUGAGGCGCUGGGCUACAGCUGGCAUGACACUUGCUUUGUCUGUGCCAUCUGUCAAAUCAAUCUGGAGGGGAAGACGUUCUUUUCAAAGAAGGACAAGCCAUUAUGUAAAAGUCACGCUUUCUCUCCGGUGUGAGGCUCUGCUGUUCGUCAAGGAGGGGUCGGAACGGAGACUGGGGAGUCUAUAGCUAUGCCAAACAAGACCAAGUACUUUACUUGAAGCCUGUAACAUACGCUGACUGACAGAGUGAUGGAUAUAGUAGCUCCGCUCUUUUUCACCGGCUGUUAUAGUAGCUUCGAUCAGCAUUUACUAAGUAUGUGUCAUUCAGCAAAGCACGGACCUGAAUUUUUGGUAGCUUGCUUCAGUAAGCCGACAGACUGCCCUCAGUUUUGCUAUGUUACGAUGCCAGUCAUUCAACUGGAAACAGCUUGUGAACUGUUAGAACCACCAAUGCCAGAUGUCGGAACGGAUAACAAGGUAUUUGGAUGCAGUAUUUUAGCUGUCCCUCCUCAUCCCACUCCACCUCCACAAGUACACCUACAGUAUUCAUGACACAUUGUCAAUCCAAAAAAAAUAGUACACUCUUACUGCUCACUUUACUGUCACUUUUUAGAUAUACAGUAGUUUGUUUCAGUAUCCGUCAAUCUGGCAUCUGAGUGAAUCUCACAAAACAUGUUAUGUUCACAUUUGACCCCAUUUUAUAUUGCAUAAAGAAAAUUAAGCCAUUUGUAUGAAUAUGAAUUUUUGUGACUUUAUUUCCAUGACAGUUGAGUACGUUUUCCCUCCAAAUGACAUUUUUAAUUACUGUAA